UCAACUCAUGCCCGUCUUUAUCACAACGGCUCGUGCCUCACCCCUGUCAGCAGCGCACCUUUAGAGCAGAGCGGCUCCGGGGGACAAACAGACCGUGGACCGGGAUAUUUGGGACUAAAAGUUGGACGUGCUCAGUUUGGUUAUUUAUUUAUUUUUUUUGUAACGAAGGAAGACGGGGACGAGCAGAAGAACUACGCCGGGAGCAACUUUUAAAGCAGGAUGACUCCAGAAAACCACGUGAAGAUCCAUUUUUAAACGUCUGCUGGAAGUGCGGAAACCAUUUCUCAUUAAAGGAGGGACAAAUGGCUAACACCAACAAGUAUGUCUGUUGCCACUCCUGGCAAACUAUACAAGAUGACGAUACCCCAGUGAUCAGCGCCGUCAUGUUUGGCUUAGGGAUCUUUGGCAACGUCGCCGCCCUGGUGAUCUUGGAAUUCCGUCGCCGCAAGGACUCAAGGAGUGAGGAAAGACAGCGCAGGGGGUUGUUCCUCAUAUUCGUCAAUGCGCUGGUGUUCACGGACCUGGCAGGGACUUGCUUGAUCACGCCCAUUGUGCAGAUUGCAUAUGCUAGGAACAGGACUUUGGUUGGGAUGUUUUCUAAUCACAGUACCAACAGUAGCACUUUGUGUGAGUACUUUGGUGUCAGCAUGACCUUCUUCAGCCUGGCCACCAUAUCGCUCCUCUUUAUUACAGCACUGGACAGAUGCUUUGCCAUAGGGCACCCCUACAUGUACCAACGGCUUGUCACCAAGAAAUGGGCAUAUAUAACAAUCCCAGUUAUGUUUCUUAUAUGCACAUUAUUUUCUCUGCUUCCUUUGGUGGGCUUCGGUGACCAUGUACAAUAUUGCCCUGGCACAUGGUGCUUCAUCGACAUGAAUCCCAUAAUUGCUAAGCACCGGUUCUAUGCCGUAUUAUAUGCCACAAUUAUGCUGGUGCUGGUGCUGGCGGUCGUGGCGUGCAACGGUUUUGUGAUUAAGCAGCUGCUCCAGAUGUACCGGCGUCGGAACAGGCAAAACUCCGUGAUGAAGAACAUGAGAUCCAGCAGCGAGCGCAAGAUCUUAGUGGCUCAUGAGUUGGAGCACCUCGUCCCACUGGUCGUCAUGACAAUCAUCUUCAUCAUCUGCACAAUGCCCCUGGUGAUCCGAGUGUACAUCAACGCUUCGAAAGGGGAUCCCAACGAAUCUCACGAGCGGGACCUGACAGCCCUGCGGUUCAUCUCCUUCAACUCCAUCGUCGAUCCGUGGGUCUUCAUCCUUCUCAACCCCAGCGUGCUGCACUUUUUCUGUUUGUCCUUCUGCAAGGCCCCGCUGGGGAAGUUCAGGGACACCGUGAACGAGACGACGCUGACCAAAGAGAACGGCGAUGCCCAUCUGACACUGUGUCGCUCCACCAUACAGACGGACUGCCUUGACACAGAACAUCUAUGACACACACAGACGGGUCGUUUCCUACUGCGCGCUGCUUGGAAGUGAGCGAUCGCUCCUGCGGGAAGCCCACGAGAUGUUUGAUGGACUGCGAUGACUUUCCCCCGUGUUUAUUUUCUGGGUGUUUCCAUUUCAUUAUGGCCAUUUCCCUUUUAACUGAUAAGCACCGAGAAAAGCUCCAUCGGCCAAUUAAGACCACUCCCACUCACUUGGUGGUUUGUAGCGUAUUACUCUUGAACGCAAAAGGCCUCUCUGACAAAGCCUGGGUGGCUUCUGCUAUUUAUUAAUGGCAGUGGGUUUAUUUAACAGUAAGAGGCCACUGGCAUCAAUGACCUACAUUGAUAAUGGGAUGAUGUAGGCGAUCAUUGGUCCGUAGAUGAAUCACGUCAAACGCAAAGAUCGAUGCUAGAGGGUGUCGCUGUGCAUUUAUCAGAUCACGACCACAAGGUUUAGUGUUUAUGAUAGACCGAGAGUUGUGUGCAGUGUUGGUUUUCUACCAGUCACAUAGUUUUCCAUGUUUGCUGUGUCCCCUACUUGGCUCGUGGCAGUAAGAAAUUAAUAUUCUUUUCCUUUGCUUUAACCACUAGUUUGUGCUGGUCCACCACAUAAAGCCAUACGAUGUUGUUACGGGACCAAUGAGGCCAAAAUUCAUUUUUAUUGUGGAAAAAAAAUGAAAUUGCAUAUAACUUGAUAUUAGGACGAAGGGGUGAGACGUUAUUCCACUUAGCUGUUGCUUCUCAGGCCAGAAAAGCUCUGAGAAUUUUUGGUGUCCAAACGUUCACUCAGGGAAAGAGUAAAAACCAAAAACCCAUACAUGACUCCUGUAGUCAUUUCAGUUUUUUUUCACAUUAGGUAGCAUCAUAUGUAAUGAAACUGUUCACGAGUUUUCACCACGAUGUGUAAUCUGAAAAAAAUCUUGUUUCGGUGACAGUGUGUUGAGCAGCUGUGGCUCGGGGGGCAUGACGCACAGGCUGAAGUGUCCUGGAGCUGGUUCCUACACAAGGCCUCCCUCGCAUGGCGGCUCCACUGCUUCGACGUGCGCAAGUCAAUGAGAGACACUGCAAAAUGCUUUGUAGAAGCAUAGACUGUAAACAGUUAGUAACAGUGGUUUGGUAUCGUCAUAAAAAUGUGUAACUGUAGCGUGUUUUUUUUGUGUGAUUAAAUUAGUGCAAAUAACUUCAGCGCUGAUGACAAAAAGAGAUUCCCUUUUUGUUGAGGGGUUGUGUGAAGUAAUUCAGAGUAGUUGGCGUCUCAUCUGCAGCAAACGGUCGUACCUUACCCUACCUCGCUCUUAUUUAAAUAACAAACCCUUAGAAAUUACAAAAUACCCCCUUUGCAAUUUGCAGGCAUUUGCUUCUCUGUCUCCGCUCUACUGUAUAUUAGGUGCAGAAACAGGGUGACUGUAAAAGGUGUUUAUUCAUUUACUGACUCCUGAAUCAUCAGUUGGUUCUCCAGCUCAAAAAGAUGAAACGAACUACACUGCAAAAACGGAACUUGAAAUAAGUAACAUGUUCUUAAAAUGAGUGUAUUUGUCCUU